AUGGGACGACGAGAUACAUACUCUGAACCUCCUCGAGGUCGCCGACAAUCUCGUCGACAACAUCCAGAGGCUCGUCGCGAACACAAACAAUUCCAAAAAGAAAGAGGCUUUGACUGGACACCAGGCCUUGUCCUCGCACUCAUCGGCGCUGUCACUUUUUUCAGCAAAGACUUCGACCGGUACAAGCACAAGCACGAAUGGCGUGAUGAGGAUAGCCAGGACAACAGAAGCAGAGACGAUGGCAGAGGGAGGAGGAGGUAUCGAUCAAGCAGUCGGCGUCCAGACUACUACGAAGAUGAUGACGAUUAUUAUUAUGAUCGACGGGACAGAGGGUAUAGUCGGUGA